AGUUGAGCAGGUCGUGUUUGAUGAAGGGUAUUUUACAAUAGUUCUGUUCUUUGUUCUUCUGUUAUCCUAUGCCUCAGGCGUAUCACGACUCAGCCCUGCAGUUAUUCAGCGCCGAAGAGGAAGAAAGCAUUAGUUCAGUCCAACCUCGCCGGAACUGGACUAGUUUGUAGGACAUCGCCUGGGGGCAGUGAUUGCAAUGGAAGAAGCAUCUGAUGCAAUCGAUAUAGCCAAAAGUGUACUGGAGCACCACAUCAAGCGGCUACAAGACUCGACAACAUAUCAGAAGCAGCGUCAAGAACUGCUGCACGACGAGCGCAAAGUCGCCUGGGACGAGCCGGCGAGAAGAAGCGCCAGCGAGACAGAAGUGCUCGCGAAUGCCAUCUUGAUUGCCAUCAGAGAGCAUGAACGAUAUGACUCGAAUCUCUUCGGCAACCGACCGGGCGAAGCCAUUCCCGGCAAACACACCCGUGAUAUGGGCGGACGCUUCCUGGUGAACAAAGACCGCAUCGAUCAGAGUCGAACCUUGGAUAUUGCGCGACAUAUGCCCAAAGGCGCUCAUCUUCAUUUGCAUUUCAAUGCGGAGUUGCCGGCCGAAGUCCUGCUACCCCAUGCGCGAAGUGCAGCGGUCGAGAAUACCAUGUUCAUUCGGAGUACGAAGCCUCUCCUUGCGCUCGCAGAUUUCGAUGAUUGUGAGAUUGCCUUUGAUGUUCUUCCCAGAGAUACUGGAGCCGGUGACAUCUUUUCUGCGGGAUAUGAUCCUGAACAUAGGAGAAGAAGAAUCGAUACGACAACAGCUUGGAUGCUCUGGCGAGACUUCCGCCGUGGCUUUCCGCAAGACGUGUACAUUGAAAAUUCUGCCUCCUCCAACGAUGCCGGGCUCGAUCGAGCGGAGCAGUGGGUGCGUGACAAGAUGAUUCUCACGCGAAGUAAGGCGUAUGCCGAUCCACGGACGACCAAUGGAGUCUGGGCGUGCUUCAACCAAGGCACUCGAGCGUUCAAAGGACUGGUCAACUACGAGGCCGUCUAUCGCUGGUACAUCGGCGCCGCAAUCGAUAGCAUGAUCAGGGAUAAGGUAAUGUAUGCGGAACUGCGCCCCAUGCUGCUCGAUCGAGAUAUUCCCGCCAACGACGGUGUCCACCGGCUCGACCAUGUCCAGCAAAUGACCAUCAUAUGUGAAGAGCUCAAAAAGAAAGAAAUUGAAUUGCGAGCCGCUCAUCAGCUGCACCUUUUUCCCUUCGGCAUCAAAAUCAUCUACUGCACGCCUCGAAGCAUUCCGCGCGAGAGGAUGCAGCAGGAACUCGAAAAGUGCCUCAAUCUCAAACUGAAAUUCCCCCAUCUCAUCUGCGGCUUCGAUCUCGUAGGAGCAGAAGAUCGACCCAACCACAUCGCCUUCUACGCUGACCAACUCCUCGCCUUCACCGCAUCGUGCAAAGAACUCCAGAUUACGAUCCCUUUUCUCUUCCACGCGGGAGAAAGCUUACUCGAUACGGGCGGAUCGCAUGACCCGGAGAAUAGUAACCUCUACGAUGCGCUCCUCUUGCAUGCCAAACGUAUCGGUCAUGGCUAUGCCAUUCUCAAACACCCGACUCUGGUCCAGCAGUACAGAGAACGACAGAUUUGUCUGGAAUUGUGUCCGACUUCCAAUGAGUUGCUGGGGCUGUGUGAGAAUAUUCGAGAACAUUGUUUCUCCGAGUUGUUGGCAGCUGGUUUGCACUGUACACUCAAUGCGGACAAUCCAUCCUUGUUCAGAGGUCCAACACUAGAUACCAAAUCCCUCACCUACGAAUUCUACCAAGUUCUCGUGGGUGAUCCCACGAUGAACCUGCACGGCUGGAAACAGCUAGCACUCUGGAGUAUGCAACAUUCCUGUCUGGACGACGAUCAACGCGCGCAAUUGCAGAGAACGUUUGAGCGGGAAUGGGCGGGGUUUUGUCAAUGGGUGGUGGAUACAUAUUCGGAAUUUUGUCAGACGUUGCCGGGGUGGGGAUGAGUUAUGCUCGGAGUGGAAGAGCCUGGGAGCGAUAAAAACAGAAAGAGAAGAAAAAUUUCACCAGACAAUACUGGACCGCAGCUAUUGAGCAGGCACGAUCCGCCAAAUCUGAUCGCAGAAGAUUCGACAGCUGUGCUGAGUGCUUUCUUCGGGUCUUCGGAGCACUGCCAUUCUGGAUCUUCUAUUCGGCUGAGGGACUGGGAAAUCGCAAUACUUUGGCACAUGAAGGACUUGGACGGGAGACUUGUAGUAACCAAGUGAAGCAAUGGGCUCCACAGUCCAAUAAUGAUAUUUGCAGGCCCCGAAGGCUGCAGGGUAUGAGAGGCCUCUCGUGAACCUAGGAAAUGUACACUUUCUUGAGGUCCUUUUCAUCCCACUCGUCUUCCAGAUUGGUUGGAUCUUUGAUACAGCCUGAACGGGUCCCCAGCUUCUCAUUGAGCCUCUUCAGUCUUUCCCUGCCGAACACACGACCGUUGGGCAAGACAACAGGGUCGUCCUCGAUGUGGCUCUUGGUGUGAUGUGCAUAAGGCACGUUUCGAGCAAGCUCGUUCAACUCCGUGCUGCAGAUUGGGCAGACCGGCGCGCCCGUAUUGGCACUGGCCUGCAGUGCGAACUGUGAGUGGCAAGUAGGCGUCUUGAGAGCUGAGAGACCCGCGGAGAGGGCAAUGUGGAUUAGCGGUUGUGUGGGGAGGUUGAAGAGCUCAUGAUGUGUCCGGAUGAAGUGCUCGGCAAGAUAGCCAUAUCUGAGUGUCUGCAGGGUGCGCAAGGAGUCCUGCAGCUCUCAGGCCAAAGCUAGGGUCUUGAUCACUGGCGAGGUACUUGCGAGCAUGCACAAUCGCCUCGACCUGGCUUCCACUGCGUGCCAACUCAAUAAAUUGUUGUAGGCGCAGCUCGAGCUCGAGCUUGCUGUUGAGCUUCUUGAGCGCCUGUUUGUUGUCGCUGCACCACGACAGACAUUCCUGCGUCCUGCCUGUGCGCAGACUACGCUCGAUACGACCACAGUCCUCAAACACGUCCACAUCCACCAGGUCCGUCACCUCUUUUUCCGCCGCCAACUCCCGCGCACUCUGCGUGUAACCCUGCCGGAGCAGAUAAUCGACCAACAGCCGAUCGAGCCGGGCGUGCGCCCAGUUGUCGUACUUGACAUCGGCAAGAUUGGGGAUCUCGUGCAACUCUUGCAGAUGCUGUAUGCGAGCGCGCUGCUGGCGAUGUAAAUGCUGCUCUUCGGCGUGGAGCGCUUCGAGCUUCCGCUUCAGUGUCUGCGCCUUGGCCAGCGUGGCCUCGAGUGCGGCGAGCGUCUGCGCGGGCGGUUGGCCUCCAGCGACGGCGGUGGCAGCGCCUUGGACUUCCUUUUGCACGUUCUUGCUCGCCUGCUCGAUGUGUCGCUGCGCAGCCUUGAGAUUCUUGCGGCAAAGCUCGUGCGUAAGGCGUAGCAGGGGCUGGUCGAGCAGCAUGUGAGUGUCCGGCUCCAGCUUAGUGGUGCUCAUUUCCGCCAUGUCUGCUGUGGACCUGUGGUCACUGUGGUGGAUGCCCUCACGUACAGGCUACAACAAUCAUGUCACAACAUGUACUUGAGUAGGUAAGCAUCUAUGAUGGUAAGGUAAACAUGUGGUGAUAGUUGGUGCCUUAGAACAACCUGACCUUAGGAGGUACCUUAACCCGAGUGGAGCUUCGUUCAAUUGUAUCACGUGUUCUGGCGAGUGCCACGCGAAGACGCUGAGCACGGUUGCACUUCCCUAGUGGGCCAUGGACAAGGAA